GAAGAAAGCAUCGUAAAGGAGAUAGACAUCAGUCACCAUGUCAAAGAAGGUUUCGAAAAAGCAGAUCCCUCUCAAUUUGAGCUCCUGAAAGUAUUGGGACAAGGCUCUUAUGGAAAGGUAUUUCUAGUGAGAAAAAUCAAAGGUUCUGAUACUGGGCAGCUCUAUGCAAUGAAGGUACUUAAGAAAGCAACUCUAAAAGUCCGAGAUCGUGUACGAUCAAAAAUGGAAAGAGACAUUUUGGCUGAAGUGAAUCACCCUUUCAUUGUAAAACUUCAUUAUGCUUUUCAAACAGAAGGAAAACUAUAUCUCAUACUAGAUUUCCUGCGAGGAGGGGACCUUUUUACCAGACUUUCUAAAGAGGUAAUGUUUACAGAAGAAGAUGUUAAGUUCUAUUUAGCUGAGCUGGCCUUGGCUUUAGAUCAUCUUCAUGGUCUGGGUAUUAUAUACAGAGAUUUGAAACCAGAAAACAUUCUUCUAGAUGAAGAAGGGCACAUUAAGAUUACAGAUUUUGGCCUGAGCAAGGAAGCCAUUGACCAUGACAAGAGAGCUUAUUCGUUUUGUGGGACGAUAGAAUACAUGGCUCCAGAAGUGGUCAACCGGCGAGGGCACACCCAAAGUGCAGAUUGGUGGUCCUUUGGUGUCCUAAUGUUUGAAAUGUUGACAGGGUCACUACCAUUUCAGGGGAAAGACCGAAAGGAAACAAUGGCACUCAUUCUCAAAGCCAAGCUAGGAAUGCCACAGUUUUUGAGCAUAGAUGCUCAGAGUUUGCUGCGAGCUCUUUUCAAGAGGAAUCCAUCUAACAGAUUAGGUGCUGGCCUUGAUGGAGUUGAAGAAAUUAAACGCCAUCCCUUUUUUGCUACCAUUGACUGGAAUAAACUGUACAGAAGAGAAAUCAAACCACCCUUUAAACCUGCAGUGGGUCGGCCAGAGGACACUUUCCAUUUUGAUCCUGAAUUCACAUCACGGACCCCAACAGAUUCCCCAGGUGUCCCUCCAAGUGCCAAUGCUCAUCAUCUCUUCAGAGGAUUCAGCUUUGUGGCAUCCAACUUGGGGCAGGAACUUGUACAGCAAGAACCACAUAAAGUCACAGUUCAUCCAAUUGUUCAGAUAAUUGAUAAGAGCAAGAGAGACCCUUCAGAAGAAAUUGAGAUUCUUCUGAGAUACGGACAACACCCAAACAUCAUUACUCUCAAAGAUGUGUAUGAUGACGGAAAAUUUGUAUACCUUGUGAUGGAACUGAUGCGAGGAGGAGAACUCUUAGAUCGAAUCCUGCGACAGAAAUGCUUCUCUGAACGAGAGGCUAGUGCCGUUCUCUGUACCAUUAGCAAAACUGUGGACUAUCUCCAUUCCCAGGGAGUUGUUCAUCGAGAUCUGAAGCCUAGUAAUAUUUUGUACGUGGACGAAUCAGGGAACCCAGAGUCUAUCAGAAUGUGUGAUUUUGGAUUUGCCAAACAACUGAGAGCUGAGAAUGGUCUACUAAUGACACCAUGUUACACAGCCAAUUUUGUAGCACCUGAGGUUCUGAAACGGCAGGGUUAUGAUGCAGCCUGUGAUAUCUGGAGUUUGGGGAUUUUGCUGUAUACCAUGUUAGCAGGAUUCACCCCUUUUGCAAACGGACCAGAUGAUACCCCAGAGGAAAUUCUGGCUAGAAUUGGCAGUGGAAAAUAUGCUCUAGCAGGAGGGAACUGGGAUUCCAUAUCUGAUGCUGCAAAGGAUAUUGUGUCAAAAAUGCUUCAUGUAGAUCCCCAUCAGCGCUUAACAGCAACACAAGUUUUAAGGCAUCCAUGGAUAGUAAACAGGGAGUAUCUCUCCCAGAAUCAACUCAGCAGACAAGAUGUUCACCUUGUAAAGGGUGCCAUGGCAGCCACCUACUUUGCUUUAAACCAAACGCCUCAAGCACCAAGGCUGGAACCGGUAUUGUCCUCCAACCUGGCCCAGCGAAGGGGGAUGAAAAGAUUGACCUCAACGAGGUUAUAAUGGUCCCAAAAAGGCCUGUUUAAAUAAAAAGGAAACACUUGCCCAAUAUAUUGAUCAGAGAGGCUGAUCUAUAUUGUUAAUGUUGCAGGACUCCUGGCACAUACAUUGUUUUAAUCAGCAAAACUUCAGUUUAAGGCAAAGUUGCUCUUUGCUUUCAGACAUUUUGGGGUUGUUUUUUACAUUACCAGCAAGAUGGCAAAUACUCAGAAAUGUGCCAUUUUUCCAACUGCUGUAUUGCUUCUUAUUUAAGUACUGUAUCUAUUGCUGAUAUUGUGUUCUCUCCUCUCCUCCUUUAAUCCAAAUGCUCUGUGAGACCACUUUUUGUAACAGAUUCAAUUUUAGACAUCAGCUCUACCAGCAUCUAUGUUUGGUGUUUUGUCACCACUGUUAUUAGCUGUCUCCAAAGAGUUGAAGAUGUAAUGAUGUGCGAGACCAUAAAAAUAAUAUCCUAUGAGGAAUGAAGAAGAGGUGGGGAGAAGAGCUGGAAACAUACCUAUGUUAUUAAAGGAAAAGAAUUAUUUUUAUGGCUUUGGACCAUAUGAAAGUAUAGAAAGGAGAUUAGAGUUGUGUUCAUUGACAAACAACCUUGAAGCCUCCUAUCUGAUAAGGCCUCUUUUCUUUAUCAAAAAUGCACAAUCUCAUCUCGGACAUAGGGAUUUUUUUAAAAUGGAAAGUGGCUGUGUAGCUGGUUGCACCUAAACACUAUACAUAUAGACUCAUCUGGAAAUUAGAGGGGGAACUAGAAGAUAGGACUUCAAUGCUCUUCUUCCAUUGACACAUUCAUAACUACAUGAAUGAAUACAAGCACUGUGCUUCAUAAGCUGUUACAGAGUUUCCUAUUAUAUCAACUCGAGAUAGUGAUCUUUUGUUUACUGGUUUGAUGUUAAAAUAAUAGCUUAUUGUGACAGGCUAAUAUAAAACAAUGUACUGCCCAAGAGAAAAAGAAAUUGCAGAAGAGCUUCAGCAAGCAAAGUUUGUAUUAUUUCUUGUAGCAAAAGAAGCAAGCAUGUAUAUAAUUUCCUUAAAAAUAUUGAAAGAUGAUUGAAAAAAACUGGUACAUUUUAUGUCACUGACACUUCAUAACCAUAAUUAACUCAGAUGGCUGUAACCAAGUGCAGUUUUAAGCAUGCUCAAUAGUACAAUCCUAUACUUUUUUACUCAGAAGUAAAUUUCAUAAUGUGACUUUUCUCAAGUAUGUUGGCAUAGGAUUGCACCCUAAACCUUUGGAAUCUGUGGCCUUUGGAGCAUUCAGUUCUGAAUUGCAUUCUAAGGAUUGUAUAAGCACUUUACUUGACUUUUAUUUUCAGAAUGGAUUUUUCCACCUGCUGAAAGUGUGCGGGAGAAGCUGCAUCGUUUGUCAUUUAUUCUUGGGGAGAAACUGUGAAGUCAGGGUAUUGCAUUCUACAGAACUUUUGUUGUUGUUGUUGUUGAGAAGUAACACCAUUUUUGGUGCUAAGCAUAAUUUGAGAGAUUUGUAUUGAGCCUGCAUACACAAAAGAGCAAGAAACUGCAUUAGCUACUGUAGUGUGCUUCUUGAUGUUUGUUUCUGUGUUCAACAAAACGUUAUAUUUAUUUUAUUUUGCCCUUAAUUUUUAAAUUAUAUUUUAAUGUACAUUUUGAUGUGCUGUGCACACAGGACUGCAGCAGAGCAGCUGUUCUUCAAGUUUGACUUUUCAAAUAAAAUAGUGCUGGGAAACACCAUAAAGUGAGUUUUCUUAAAUAUAGAAAAAAAAAUACGAAAAUGCUUUGGGUAUUAGAAAUUCUGAAUGUGUGGUCCUGUUUAUCUGUUGGUAACAGAAUGGAAUGUUCGAAGGCUUUCUCACCUUUCAGAACCCAUAGCAGAAUCCUCCUCAGUUUAGGAUACUUUAUAAGUAGCAAAAAAUGGCUUUUUCUGCUUUAGAUACCUGCUGACAACAGAAAAGUACAAAGAGGCACAUUAUUCAAAUCAAGUUUGACUGUUGUUUUUAAUCAUAGAUGAUUCAAGGGAUGUCCUCUUUAAUCGUAAAAGGAUUAGAAUCUAUGAAAUCUGUUGGAUUACAAAUAAUAUGAAUCAGAACACAUAUAUUUAGAAAUUAAUCAAGUAGCAUGUCACCUUUUCAUAGAAUUAAGGUACAUGUAUAUAUUAUUCCCAUAGACUAUAUCAUAAGAAGAUGCAACACAUUCAGAAAAGAUAUUUCACAAUGCACAUUAGGAUAAAUUAUGGGCCACCUUGAAUAGUAAAGCUAUUGUAUCUGUUGUAGCACAUGAUCCACAGGGAUUGGGGCAGGGGGAACAUUUUCAUGGUAAAGCAUCUAUACUGUACCAUAGGCAUCCUUUCCUAUUAUGAUGACACCAAAGUGGUAAAAUUUGUUGAGAUGUCAUGGUCUGCUUUUUUAUACUUGCACUGCGGUGUUGCAUACAAGUAUAUAAGGGGGAUGUGAAUGUCGCCAUGCACAUUCUGUCACUCUUCUGGACAUCCAUGGGAGAGAAAUGAUAAAUGCAGCAGUGCAGCAUGCAUUUUAUGUUUGAUAUCACUCUCGUCUAUGAAAGGAGAGAACAUGCACUGCAGUGUGACAAUGCUGCUUUCACCAUAAAAGCACUGGGACCCAUGGAUACCUCUGACUAACUAUUGAAUAAAAAAGAACAAUGCCCACUAGUUCUUGAUAACUAAAUAUAUUUUAAAAAGAUAUUUGAAGAGUUGUGUCAAGAUGUGUAGUUAUGAUUUAACAACAUUCUGAAAAUAUAGAAAUGCAAUGCCACUGAAGCAGGAGUAACCUAGCUAAAAUAUCUACAGAUAAAUUUGCAAGAAAGUGAAGAUAUGAAGGAGCAAUGUGAUGUUGUGGUAACUAGUAGAUACUAUGAUGUUAAUUCCAAAUUACC